AUGGCUGGUAAUUUAGGGAGUGUGAUAUCUUCUAUGGGUCGCUGGAGAAUGAGGCUUGAGGUUCCACGUGCUGAAAUUGAUGAGAUGCUUCCACUUGCUAGGCUUGUUUCCCGAAGUACCGAUCCAUCUCUUCAAUUUAGAUCAAAGGUUGCUAUUUGUAGCAAAGCUCUAUCUAGUCUAGGGGUAUAUAAAUAUUAUAUGAUUUUAGGUGAUGUUGUUCCCCAUUACCUUAAUGUUGAUCUUGCAUUGGGAGAUAUACGUGUUGCAAAGUUUAUCAAGUCUGACUACCCAUUUGUCCUAUUGGAGGAAGCUCAAGGCAAUAUAGAUACUUUGAGCAAGUUCAUACAUUUAGUCCUUGAGCGGUGUUACUAA